AUGGAAUGGAGGAGACAGGAGCAUAUGGGUGUUUGGUUCGAAUUCGAAAUGCGAUAUCAUACUUCCACACCAAAAACACUUAAGUCGGAAGCACUUCGCCCUCUACCCAUCUCAGAGCGGUAUGAAGAAGAAUUACAGUCGGGAAUCUCGAUAGCAUUGAAUCCGGAUUCAGCGCACAUUGUUCGGGCUGGAUAUUUCGAGUGCACUAUACAUCCUAUACUGCAUAAGUCUUCGGCUAUCAACCCAGCUUCAUUACUCCUUGACUUAAACUUGCAGAGUCAAGGAACUCGCACAACACCUUUGACCCAAGUGGUUGAUCGGCCCUUACAUAUCAUGAAAGAGGCUUAUUAUUACCACUCGAAGAAACAGAUUUCAGUUCAAGGAGAGUCGGAUGAAUGGCAAUGGGCGGAUAACUCGCGAAGUAGCUCACCAACAGUUCGAAAUGAUGAGGAAUCUAGAGGCGCAUUGGCUAGUCUGGCAGAAUUUGGGAUUGAAUAUAACGAUGUGAAUGAAGAAACUAUUUUAAUUGGACAGAAUGAUGGUCGUUAUACGGCAUAUCUCACCGGGUUCUCCGAGUAUACUAUCAUGAAGGUUGACUCCAAGAAUCUUGACAUGGCAAACCUCAUCUCUACAGUUGGGGAAGUGCUUCCAGGGUCUGCAGGUUCUCCUUCUUGCGAUCCCCAAUGGAGGUCACUAAUUUUACAAGCCACCAAGGGACAGAUGACUGCCAAGAGAUCAUCGGUUCAAGAAGUUCGCGGAUCAUCCCAGUCGGAGGGUUACUAUAUUGAUAGACAGUCCGCGACGAAUAUUAUGUUGCAGCAUUCCCUGAAAACGAAAAAUCCUUGGAACGUUAACGAGCAUGUUUCUUCACCAAGCGAGUUCUUCGGUAACAAUAAGGAACACUGUGUUGCUGUCGUAAACGACGAGAUGAUAGGGCACUUAGUGGUUGAUCGACACCUCAAAUCAGUGAUGUGGAACGGCAGAACAAUGACGUUGGAAACGGCCAGGAAAGAGUGUGCGGAGCAUGGAUUGAACCUGGCGUGUAAUACCCUUCAUGACUUAGAAUCUUCCGAGUCCACUGGGUCGUUGUUUUACACCGAUGACGAUAUCUUGAGAUUGCUUGAGGAGUCAGAUCUGUCGACGGCAGCAACUUACGUUCCCCCCACUAGAUCUUUUGAUAGUGAUCGAUUCGAGUUCCAACCUAUCGACACAAUGAGGACGGUGGACAUCAUUCCACCACAGCACUAUACUCAAAGGGUCGAAGAAUGGAUCGCAAUUUCUCCUGACAUGCGUCGCACCAGAUGGGGCAGAAGAGAUGGGGCAGAUCCUGUAGGUCAGGCCAUUGUCCCAGCCCACGCCAUUCCCUCAAUUACGAAGAGUAGGGGCACUUCAGACUGGGUCACUUCAGAGCAUCCUUCUAACCAUUCUGACUCCGAAACAGUUGAGUUGACUGUCCCCAUGGAAUAG